AUGAACACAUUCUUAGAGCCAGACAUCAAGGCAGCCGCCCCAGAGAAGCCCGUCAGCGAUGAGGAACAGCUGGCUGCUCUCGGCCAUGUGCAAGAGCUUCGUCGAGAGUUUUCCUUGUGGUCCAUAGUAUGCCUUCAGAUCUCAUUGAUGGCCACCUGGGAGGCUCUCUCCUCGGUAGUGUCCACUGCUCUGACCAACGGUGGAGCACCCUGUCUGUUUUACAAUUAUAUCAUUGCCUUGGUCGGCACAAUUUUCGUCGUUCUCUCACUGGGCGAGAUUGCUUCAAUGUAUCCAACGGCAGGAGGCCAAUAUCAUUGGGUCUAUUGUCUCACGCCUGAAUCUUAUCAGGCCACAGCGGCUUGGUUCACCGGCUGGAUCUCCAUCGGAGGUCAGAUCGUAUUCACUGCGUCUGCUGCCUUCGCCGCCGGGUUGCAGCUGCAAGCCCUCAUCACUCUCAACCACCUCGAUACUUAUGUUCCAAUGCGAUGGCAGGGGAUGCUCUUCUAUUGGUUGGUCCUAGCAUAUUCGACCGCAGUCAACAUAUUCGGAUCCAAGAUCCUGCCGCAUACCAACACUGCAGCUGGUAAGCCUGUCAUCUGUUCAAACAUGCGCGUGCGAUGGCUGAGUGAAACAGGAAUCCUUCAUGUGGUGGCAUUCAUUGCGGUCGUGUGCGUACUAGGAGCCAUGUCAUCUAAGCAUUCUGCAGCCUAUGUCUUCACGGAGUUCUCGAACACCAGUGGCUGGGACAAUGACGGGGUAUCCUGGCUCGUUGGGCUAUUGAGCACCGUAUACCCCUUUCUUGGAUACGAUGCCGCCUGUCAUUUAAGUGAAGAGCUUCCCAAGCCAUCACGAAAUGUCCCCCUCGCCAUGGUGGGGAGUGUUGCCAUCAACGGAAUCACCGGCCUGGUAUAUGCGAUCGUCCUGCUUUUUGCGCUGGGAGACCUGGGGAGCCUUCUGGAGUCCAAGAUCGGAUUCCCUUUCAUGCAGCUCUUCCUGAACGUCACCGGCUCGCAGGCAGUGGCAUCAAUCCUGGCGCUAUGUAUUACCUUGAUCGCUAUGGCGGCCAACGCCGCUGGCACGACUUCGACCAGUCGUACAGCAUGGGCAUUUGCACGCGACCGUGGCUUACCAAGCUCGACAUUUUUCUCGGUGGUCAAUCCGACGCUGAGAGUACCCGUGCGAAUGGUGCUGGUUGUAACAUUUCUGCAGAUGCUGUUGGGCUUAAUAUACCUGGGCAGCACAACGGCAUUCAAUGCCGUGCUCUCCAUGGCUAUCCUUGGCAUGUAUGCCUCUUAUUUCUCGCCCAUCCUGUUUAUGUUCAUCUAUGGUCGACGGUCAUCCGCCUCUACCAUGCGCGAAAUGGGAACCGGCGUGUUCAACUUGGGUUCACGGUGGGGAACCGCGGUUAAUGCACUCGCCAUGUUUUGGUUGGUACUGGCGAUGGUGUUUAGCACAUUUCCGACCGUGGAGCCGGUGACAGCAGAUAAUAUGAAUUACUGCGUAGUGGUCACCAUGGGCUGGGUCGUAAUCGGUGCAGUGUAUUACUAUCUGUUCGGCGGGAAAAGACGGUUCACCGGCCCAGUGGUCCAACUGGCUGAAGGCAUCUAA